UAACGCUAUACUUCAUGCCUUACCUAUGCAUGUUUGCCCUGCUGUCUCAAUUGCUCCAUGUUCCACGCACAGCCGUCGUCCUCUACUCCAUGUCUCGUGCCUCUCCCAGGUGCUAUCUCUUGAUUGUCGUUUUGUUCCUUCAAGAGAACAAUUCAUCAAGAGACGAUGCUCGCACACAAACCAACGUCUCGCUCUGGAUUGACACGCAUGAUAUCCGUGACCCUAGAUUAGAAGCAAUUGUGCAUCUCUGCAGCUAGAAGCAUUCUAGAUUCAGCACACUGAUAGGGUAUGCAAAGCAAUGGUCACCGGAAUUCAUCGAGUUCCAACGAUCUAUUCCAGAUGAGCCAGACAAACUGACAUGGACUGACGCCUGCAGGUAGUCAAGGCAUCUGUUCGACCUUGCGCAGCGGAUAUAGAGCUGAAUGGGAGAGUCUGCGGAGCGUGGGUGCAAGGGCCGCAAAAGAACGGGCUUGGCGUGCAGGGCGCCCAGCUGGAAAUGUUAAUUCACCCAUCGCCUGCACCGCGCGACAGGGCAUCCACGCAAUACAGAGACUACGGUCUGCCAAUCCACUCUCUCACAGCACUCGCCAUGUCGGUCCCGUCCAGAUUCUUCUCGCAGGGCUUGCAAAUCCGCCAGUCGAGCCUACCACCGGCCUUCCUCCUCCCGUCUCUCUUCACUUCGUCGUUCUCGACCUCGAGCCCAGCAGCUGCUCGUCGCGACGGCAACAGAAACAGAGGUGUAUCAGCUCUUCGUCGUACUGGACUUCGCCCUCGCCAGACCCUCUCAGUCAAGGUCAAGGACUUGCCCAAGCCCGUUACGGACAUCACACAGCGCUCAGAGAUCGAUGUAGACCCGGACCAUGGGCUCUGGGGUUUCUUCAAUCGCGACAGACUCCCUUUCGCAACACCAGAGUAUGACAACAACCACGGUCGAGCUUGGACUACUCAAGAGUUGAGAGCAAAGGACUUUGAGGAUUUGCACAGGUUGUGGUGGGUGUGUGUCAGGGAAAGAAACAGACUUGCUACCGAGUCAUACGCAAGAGCAAAGGCAAAGGCUGGAUACGGUGAUUUCGAAGCCGAAGAAAGAGAGACUCAGGUCAAGCUCACUCAAAGGGCAAUCAAGCACGUUCUGACUGAGCGCUGGUACGCUUGGGAGGAUGCCCGCAUGCUUGCUGAGCAAGACCCUAGUGUCAACCUCUACCCCGAUCCUGGAGAGCCGUCUUAUACUCCUGAUCAGGAUGCUUUCGAGAAGUACGAAGAGCCUCAAGAGACAGUAUCAGCACAGCAAGAUGGACAAUUGCCUCCGCCAGAGGCUCAAUCACAAGUCAUUCCCGAGCAAAUCAAGACACAGCAGGAGACGCGGGUGUAGAGCAGUAGAGCAGAUCAGG